CUCUGUGUGGAACAAUGUAAAAUGGCAAACGAACGUCGUGCUGAUCAUAAGUCAGGUCUCGGAUUUAAACUCUAUUCAUUUUUUAAUCGGAUUUUGGAUCGAAUCUAUGUAAAAUUUGGUAUUUUCUGGACCCAAGCCCGGCCCUGAUCAGGUCUUUGGCCCUUCCGUUCGACCUUCUCACUUCGCUAAAAAGUUGGGAGUUAGAAUUUAAGCUUCGGGUGCCGUUCCCAACGACCGGAAAUGGCCCCUCCGCCGCCCGCCGUCGCAAACGCCGCCCGCCGCCUCAGCCGCGCUCUGCUUUUGGCCGCGAAGCCCUCUCGGUCCUGGACCCCUGCCCUCGAGCAAGCCCUCCACGGCUUCCUCCUCUCCCCUCCCCAUCGCCCCGCCGCCGUCCCCCUCACCCCGUCCCUCGUCGCCGCCGCCAUCGACCCCCACCUCCUCCGCCACCACCCCCUCGCCGUCGGCCUAUUCCACUGGGCCUCGCAGCAGCCGGGCUUCUCCCACUCCCCGGAGUCCUUCCACUCCCUCCUCAAAUCCCUCGCUCUCUCCCGCCAGCGCCACUCCCUCCAAUCCCUCCUCAAACUCGCCCGAGCUCAAAAAGUUCCUCUUUUUCCCUCCUCCUACCAUCUCGCCAUCUCCUCCCUCUUGCUCUGCGGCAAGACCCUUGAAGCUGCCGAGCUCAUCGAGCAGGCCACAGCCGACGCCGGCGAAGAAUUGCCCCCAGCUCUCUACAAUUCCCUUCUCGCUGCUCUUGCCUCCGAUGGGUUUCUACAGCUCGCAAGAAAGGUAUCUGAUAGAAUGCUCAGGAGAGGCAUUAUGUUUAAUGAUGUCGGCUUUGGCGUUUACAUUGGCAAAGUUUGUAGAGUGCAAGAAUUUGAUAGAACUUUAAGUUUGGUCGAGCAAAUAAAGCAGCGAUUCUGUGAGAUUAAUGGGUCGCUCAUUGCUGCUUUGAUUGUAGAUGGGCUUUGCCGAGAGGGGAGGAUUGAGAAUGCUUGGCAUGCUUUGGAGGAGCUUAGAAGCCGAGGCUGUAAACCUGAUUUUAUUGCAUAUAGGAUAGUGUCAGAAGGAUUUAGAGUGGUUGGUAGGGUGGAGGAAGCCAUGAAGAUUUUGAAACAGAAGAGGAAGCUUGGGGUGGCACCGAGAGCAAAUGAUUAUAGGGAAUUCAUUCUUUCUUUGAUAUCAGAUAGAAGAAUUCGGGAGGCAAAGGAAUUGGGUGAAGCAAUAGUAGGGGGAGAUUUUCCGAUUGAGGAUGAUGUGCUUAAUGCCUUGGUUGGAUCGGUUUCAGCCAUUGAUCCUGACUCGGCAGUCUCAUUCUGCAUGUACAUGAUUGGGAAGGAGAGGUUCCCAAGCCUCACAAUGCUGAGCAAUUUGAGUAGGAAUCUUUGCAAGAAUGGGAAGAGUAAUGAAAUGUGGGAUGUCUUUAAGGUCCUUUCAGAAAAGGGUUAUUUUUCAGGGGUGGAGCAGUACAAUGUGAUGGUGUCAUUCUUGUGCAAGGCUGGAAGACUGAGGGAAGCCUAUGACAUAUUUAAGGAGAUGAAGACAAAGGGAUUUGGCCCGGAUAUUUCUUCUUAUAAUGUGUUGAUGGAAGCUUGUUGCAGAGAGGACCUUCUACGCCCUGCUAAGAAGCUAUGGGAUGAGAUGUUUGCGAACAGGUGUAGUGCAAAUCUGCAGACUUAUAAUAUCCUCAUCCGAAAAUUAUUGGAAGCUGGGGAAAUUGAUGAAGCUCGGCACCUUUUUCAUCACAUGUUGGAGAAAGGAGUCACCCCUGAUAGCAUUACCUACACAUCAAUCAUCAAAGCUUUGUGUCUAGAAAAGAGGUUAGACGAGGCAAUUGACAUCUAUAACAAGUCCAUGCAACAAGAUGUUGUACUUGCUGGUUCUGCAUUGAGUAUGCUAACUCUUACUCUUUGUCAGGAAGGUGAUUUUGUUGCAGCUUCUGGUGUGAUACGUGGGCUGCCUUCCAAUAUUGAAAACUAUGACUCACAUGUCAUUUUGCUAAAGAGCUUGACAGAUGCUGGAGAAGUUGAGAUGGCUAUUAAGCACAUAGAAUGGGUCAGGAAUAACUCUGCUUCCAAGUUACAAGCAAUAUUAGAUGAGCUUUUGUCGUCUCUUUCUACAGCCCCAAACCUAGAGCCUAUUUUGCACUUUCUUCGAACAAUGCACGGCCAUGGCCUUGUUUCUGACAACAGUCCAUGGAUGAAUUUUUUGGAUGGCUAUUGCAUCUGAACCAAAGUGUCCUUUUGGGUUCUUGGACUCUUUAAAUUGCUGGUCAAAUGUUUGUUCUAUGUAAGAACAGUGCAGAUUGUGUUAUAUCAGGAAACAUUUCCCCCAGCUGACGUGAUCACAUGUAUACCUAUUUAUAUGACGGAGCUGGUAUUCCUUAUCUUCCUUUAGAGGUCAGUUGGCUGGAUUGGGUGCCUCCGCUGCCAAUCAGGUGUGGAAUGGUAUCACAUGCAGAGGUAGGGUUACAUCAUGUGGAGUUGAGCUGUUCACAGGACAUUACAGCGGCAUCUUUUUAGUCUCUCAUUGGAAGCAGGCAGCAUCUUUUUAGUGCCUCAUUGGAAGCAGUGCAGAUUGUGUUAUAUCAGGAAACAUUUCCCCCAGCUGACGUGAUCACAUGUAUGCCUAUUUAUACGAGGGAGCUGGAAUUCCUUAUCUUCCUUUAGAGGUCGGUUGGCUGGAAUGGGUGCAUCUGCUGCCAAUGAGGUGUGGAAUGGUAUCACAUGCAAAGGUAGGGUUACAUCAUGUGGAAUUGAGCCGUUCACAGGACAUUACAGCAGCAUCUUUUUAGUGCCUCAUUGGAAGCAGGCAGCAUCUUUUUAGUGCCUCAUUGGAAGCAGGUAAGACAGGUGUUUUGAAAUAAAACUGACUGGUUUUAAACCCAUUCAAAAUCUCAUAGGAGCAAAACAGAUUAUUGGUUAAAGAUGGAGAAUAAUCUUUUAAUUAAAGACUGAAUGAAGAUAAACUUUGUCAUUUUUCCUAAAGUUUGUCCAAGAAGUAUAAGAGUAUUCCAUUUGGAGUUUGCUCAAGCUGGAGAAUAAGAGACCAAAUGAAGAUAAAACAUCUUUUUGUCUGAAGUAUGGCCAAGAAAUAUAAUAGUGUUCCAUUUGAGUUUGCUCAGGUCCUCAGUAUCCUCUUUAGUAUUAUAGAGAUGGGGAGGUCCAGUUUAUGAAGUUAAAUCAUUUAACUACCAUUCUUGUGGCCUGUGAUGAUGCAGGACCCCCGACGUACAUGUGAGAUGGUGCUUUUGAUGCAUGACUCCCGCAUCAUCAUGGGCUGUCUGGGUAUUGGCCUGGUGGAAUCCCUUCAUAGACCAGACCCCUCUAGUCUCCAUAUCAACAGAAGAUCUGAAUUCGCAGUUAGGAAAUGGCGGGAUAUCCAAACAGGCCCUUUUUAAUAAGUUUUUAUAUAAAUCAUGUGAGUUAGGGCAUGGCACAUGCAAUUCAUGCGACUUGGAGUUAGGGAAAUGUGGAGCUUGGCAAACUGAGCACAUAGGAGUUUGGCUUAUAUGAUGGAAUAUGACAACAACAACCAUCAUAAAUAAGCAUUCCCUCUUUUUUUUUUUUUCUAAGCAUUUAGGUCAAGUAAUGAGGUCCAAACAGUUGUCUUAAUUAGGAUGUAGCUAGAUAGUUUUCUUGAAUGAACGUCCAAGAAGUCCAUGGAUCUGAUGAAAGUUGAAAAUCCACUUACCCUGUCAGAAUAUUUUGAUGCAUUAUAAUGCACUAGUUGCAUGGUUGACAAUUCUCAGUCUCCAUUCAAAAAGCAAAAUCUUUUAGAACAAAAGGUAGUGAACUCAUUAAACCUUUAUGACAAUUGUACAUGCAAAUUCACGACCAUAAUUUUUCAAGAAAAAUAAAAAAUUAUUUGUUUGAGUGGUUGUACU